CUACACUAUACAACAAUUGAAAAAAGAAAGAUUGAACAACAACAACAACAAAGAAGAAAAGGAGAUUCUCAACCCAUCCAAUAAAAACACUUCUUUCUCUAUUCCCCCAAAAGAAGUCAAAGUAGAAAAAAAAACACCACCAAAAACAAACAAACUCUCCUAAAGAAAAAAAAAAAAAACACCCACAAAUCUCCCCCACCACACACACACUCCCUUUCUUUUACCAAUGUCAGACUCACCCUUAUUUUGUCAGUCUCCAAAAACACCACCAAACACAAAAUUUACCCCCUUUGAUAAUUUGACCUCCUUCCAAAAUCCAAACACUCCCUUAUUCCGCCAAUGGAUCCCAAAAAAAUUGAAGAUGACCCAGAUCCAUUUUUCCUCCACCAUCAUUUCCACCACCACCCAUCUUUCAAUCUCCACCGUCCAACACCAAUCAUCAACUCUGAUUUCCACCAUUCAAUUUCAUCUCCACCAUCUUCACCUGAAACCCUAACCCGACCCAUUUCCCCUAAAAUAAACCCGGACCCACAUAUAUCCUCUCAAUUCUACACCUUCAACAGUGAAUCUCACUCUCUAAUGAUUUCUUGCCUUUUAGAUAAUCGGGUCGCAUCUCCGGGUGAGAUCCGAUCCGUUACACCCAUUGAAGUUUUAAAAUCAUGGAGGUCUGUUUGGAAAGAUAGAAAUGAAGAUACAGCUUAUUUAACGGCGUGGAAACGUAUACAAGAUAAACUUAAUGCUCAUGUUGAUGGUAACGGUAACCGUUUUCUUUGUUUUAAGAAUAAUUCUAAUCAAUUUGUUUCUCAUGUUAGUCAAUGGCAAGAUAUUGUUAUGUCAUCACAUAGUGAUACUGAUUUCAAACAUUUAGGGGUUAGAGAAACUGUUGAAAAAAUUAAGCAACUUUGGACUGUUGGGGCUAAAUUUUAUGGGAUUCCCGAGAGUUUUAUUAGGGUUUGUAUUGCUUCUUGUGUUGUUUGUUCAGGUGUUUCUGAAGGUGGUGGGGUUGUUGGGGGUGGUGGGUUUAGUGGGGGGAGGCCCAAAAGGAGGCGGUUCGAGUAUACGGAGUCUUUUGAUGUGCCUGCUAAAGAGGUGCCUAAUAAGUUGCAACAGCUUGCUAAGAAGCAUAAGGUGGUGCUUUGUAUUAGGCAGAAGUAUAUUAGGUAUAAGCCGUUUAUGGCGGAGGUGAAGGAUUAUGCUUGUCAUAGGGCGGGGGAGCCUGCGUCGAGUAAGAAAUCCAAGGUGUUGAAGAGGGAGCCGUAUGCAUCGAAGAGGUGUGGGUGUGGGUUUAGGAUUAGGGCUAUUGUGCCGAUUGCGAAUUAUAAUGACAAGGAUAAGACGUUUGUGUAUCAAGAGGAAGGGAUGGCGGUUUUUAAGUUGUAUGCUGUGCAUACAGGGCAUGAGCCAGGUCCGUUGGAUGGGAAUGCCAGGAUUAUGCAUCGGGUUGUUGGGCAUAAAGGGGUGUUUUUAAAUGAUCAAGAGACGGAGUAUGGGGUGAAUGAGGAGUUGGAGACUGAUUCUUUUAUGGGUAGGGAUGAAGGGGAUUUUUGUCAUUCGGUGUUGCAGCAGGUUCAGGAGCUGAAAUCGGAAGCUGGUUUGUUGGAAAGUCGGAUAUCUAAGCUCCCUCAGGAGUUUUUGGAAUCGGUUUCUCAAGAGUUGUAUCAUAUUGUUAAUAAGGUUAGGGCAUUAGGUUAUGAAACUUCAAAGUCAGUUGGAUUGGACUCUGAUAAGCAGAAUUCUGAUGUUCUGCUCGUUGGUGAUGGUGAUCUGCCUCAUUGGAAUGAUCCUCAUGAUGACAGGCUGUAUGGGGAUGGUAAAGAUACUGAUUUGAUCGAGGAAGAUGACGACAGUUUCGGAAGGACAUUAGGGGAUGUUGUACCAUGGGAUCAAAUUAGGACGGAUUGUAGUAGUGACAAAGAUUUGAUUGUAGAGAGUUGUAAAUCAGACAAGUGGCUACACAGUAGUGAGUUUGAUGAGAAGAGUAUUCUCAGUUGUGAUGAUUCGAAGCUAACUAAGCCCUUGAGGCAUGACUCUUUAGAUGAGGAUGUAGGUCUUGUUGGUCUACAGGUAGAGAGUUUCUAUCCGGAGAAUCCGAAAUGGUAUGAUUCCCCUUGUGGCUUGGACUCCAGUACAGAUUGCGGGGAUAAUGAAUUCCACCACGGAGAGAUCAUUUAGCGAUCCUAUCUCUUGAGGUGAAUCUUUCCCUCGCAUUUCAGCUUCAAAUUUUUUUUUUUUGAAAGAUUGCCGUUCUGUAGAACUUUUGGGUGGGUUGUAAUUUAUGUAUACAGAAGGAUAAAAUCAGACCCCUUGACUUUGAUUUUAGGUGCCUUUCUUCAUUGUAGUAUUGUAAAUUAUGACAGGUGGGAUUUGCUGCACAUACCUUGUUCUGUUACUGUUGACCUUGCUUGUAAUUCUUUGGGACGUUUAGCUCAAUUGGUAUUGCACAUGAUUGAUUCUUGUUCGGUUUUGUUCAA